UUACAGGGGCCAUUUACAACUACAUUUGUCCCCCAUUUAUUCCACAAGUCUAUUAGGGUUUUGUGCAACGCCAAUACUUCCGAGGGAUUUAAUCCCAAUAAAGAUGCGUCGCUUCCAGAAAUUAAUCUUAUAACAUCGGAAAUCCCAAGGCUUGGGGGUCAGCCUCCAUCAAAGCGAUCCACAUUAGCUUUCUUUGCAGGCGGUCUGCAUGGCCAUAUCAGGUACCUUCUUCUAAAUGAAUGGAAAGGCAAAGACCAAGAUGUGCAAGUCUAUGAAAAAGUUCCUCAAAGAGUGUCCUAUGAAAAAAUGAUGAAGAGCAGCAAGUUUUGCUUAUGCCCAAGUGGGUAUGAAGUAGCAAGUCCAAGGGUGGUAGAAGCAAUCUAUGCCGAGUGCGUCCCCGUGUUGAUUUCAGAUGGCUAUAUUCCACCUUUUAGUGAUGUGUUGGAUUGGAAGUUAUUUUCUGUGCAAGUGCCAGUCAAGAAUAUAUCAGACAUUAAGAACAUAUUGAUGAGCAUAUCCAAUAGACAAUACCUCAGAAUGCAAAGGAGAGUGAAACAAGUGCAACGACAUUUUUUGAUGAAUGGACCCCCUAAGAGGUAUGAUGUUUUCCACAUGAUUGUGCACUCUGUUUGGCUCAGGAGGUUAAACAUUCGCAUUCAAGAUCUAUUGACAUAAAUUCAUCCCAUUUUAUUGGUCACUCAAAAGAGGCUCAUAUACUAACUCUUGUCACAUAAAAAUACCUUAUGCUCCUAAUAAGAGAUUUACUCUCU